UCGCAAGUAACAUGCUUUUCGUCUAAGAUGGUGCUAAGGAUUUCGUUCACAACAAUUAUAACUUGUGUAUGUGUGAUCGAAGUUUUAUAGGAACAGAAACGGUUAUGGGGAGUGUGGUGAAAUUCAACAUUUUUGUAGUAUCAGUACUUGCUUGUCUCAGUAAAGCAGCGGCGCAAUGGGGUGGACCCGGUGGACGAGGCACGGGGCCGUACUGGCGGGGUGCAACCACUGGUGUUGGUCCCAGGCCACCGCCGAGACGAACGGAUCUGUGUUGCAAGCAAAGCGUCAGCUACGGAGGCAGUUCAGUUCCGGUGCCAUUGGCCAAGAACUGUAAAGACAUCUUAGAUUUCGGUGGAGGUCGAGACGGUGUAUAUACCAUCUAUGUAUCUGACCUGGAGAGCUGUAGCAAGAGAGAGGUUUACUGUGAUCAACAGAGGGACGGCGGAGGAUGGACGGUAAUCCAACGGCGUUUCAACGGCAACCUCAACUUCUACCGCGGUUGGCAGGAGUACGCGAAAGGCUUCGGGUUUCUGGACGGGGAGUUCUGGCUGGGGUUGGAAUGGAUACACCUCCUCACACACCAGGGACCAACCGAGGUUCGAAUCGACCUACAGGACUUUCAAUACGAAGAGGCACACACGGUUUACCGCUUUAUAUCAGUGUCCGACGCGGCUAAAAAUUACACGCUGACCGUACGGCGUUACGACACGUCGUCAACCGCAGGCGACGCUCUCAGUCCUCACAACGGCGCCCAGUUCUCGACCUUCGACGCCGACAACGACCGAUGGAGCGGUAACUGCGCGUCCGAGUACUCCGGUGCCUGGUGGUACACGAGCUGCCACACCGCUAACCUCAACGGUGUCUACCUGGGAGGACCGACGAGCGACUAUGCCAAGGGCGUGGUCUGGAACUCCUGGAAGGGGUAUAGCUACUCCCUCAAGUUUGUCGAGAUCAAGAUAAGACCGCUGCCACCUCCGUUUUGAUGUUGUAAUAGAAAUCAGUGAGAUGGACGCUUUAGG